AUGGCACACCAUGGAUAUAUCGACUCAUUGAUUUUCUACAUCGAACGGAACCCCCUCAUCAUUGUGUUCAUCGCCCUCGGAACAUGGCUCUUCGGAUACUGGAACCGAAACCCAACCCUCGAUCCCAACAGCCCUGAAAACACACCGCACAAGGCAAACAAUGGCUACCCGCCCAUCGAGCCUCUCCCGGCGUUCGACUGGGAGGCAACAGAACCGUUAUCAUUUCGGCCCUUCAAGCCGAAAUACCAUCUGACGAUGGGUCUAAGACAGCUCGACCCGUCAGAUCUCCUCCAGAUAGACAGAACCUACAAAGACCGUCUCGCGUUACGUGCCCAGCUUCUGAACAAGCACCCCGACACUGUCGUCGGCGUGAACGGGGACAGCGAACAAGUGCAGGCAGCCAUUUACGAGCUAUACGAAUUCGUACUGGGUGUCUAUCUACCCACCCGGUACCCGACCAUGUUCCAAUUGACGACUACUGAUGAUACCAAUUCGGAUCAGAAGGCCCAGACGGUCCUCGAAAGCAAGGUCACAGGAAAACACAUCCCGAUCAAACUCGCACCCCACUCCCCAGAAACAAGCCGCAAAGCCCUCGAGACACUCGGAACAUGGGUAGACGAAGACUUCAUCAUCCUGCUCCCAGAGAAAACCACGCCAAGCGACAACACAGACAGCGAGGACGGCGUAGACGAGAAAUACGUCCUCCACGCCUACACCGUGCACUUCCCAGCCGGGUUUGACCUCAGCAAGAAGCUUGGGCGUCGGCUGGCUGAGAUACACACGCCAGUGCCUGGGUACGCGGAGAAGCUCGAGAAGAGCAUGGAUCGCUUCUUUGCGCGCCUUGAGGUGGGGAAGUUCGUGCAGCGGGUGAAUUGGAGUGUUACACUUGAUACACCGCUUUUUGCGGCGUUUGGGAGGACGCACGGGAGGAAGAAUGCGGGGGAGGAUGAGAGGGAGAAGGUAGCGGAUGAGGAGAUUAAGGUGGGGGAGUUGGAUGUUGAUACGACGUUGCUUCGAUGUGAAAGACAGACGCUCCACCGUCUUCCACACACCAAGGCCCUUGUGUUCGCCAUCCACACAUAUACGUAUCCACUGCAGACGAUCAAGGAUGAAGGACUGGGCGAAGAAAUGGCCACAGCCGUUGAUGGGUUGAAAGAGGGCAGUGCGCCUCAGAUUCAUUGGUACAAGCGGGGUCCGGUGUGGGGAACGGCUGCGAAGGCAUUUUUGCGAUCCUAGACUAUGGAUUGGUUGAGGUCUAUAUAGUUGAUAUCUUUGCAACAACACGGUUGUCAAAG